AAAAAAAACCUCCUCUUGUCGAAAAGUCGGUUUAGUGAGCUAUUCCAAACUCACACUACUUGUAAUUAUACCGCUCUCCACAAGUCUCUUAUCAUCUUCUCUUCGAUUAGUGUUCUACUGAGGCGUAUCCAGAAUCUACAGUCUCAAUUUUCCGCAAAGGGAAUAAGAUCAAAUUCAACCUCAGCUUCUUCUCUUAACUCUUUAAAGAAUGGCAACUCUUGCUGAUUCUUUCCUUGCAGACCUUGAUGAACUAUCUGACAAUGAAGCUGAUCUUAUUGAGGAAGAUGAAGUUGGUGCUGGAAAUAUGGAAGAAGAUGUUGAUGGGGACAUGGCGGACAUAGAAACUCUUAACUAUGAUGACCUGGAUAGUGUUUCAAAAUUGCAGAAAACACAGAGAUAUGUUGAUAUUAUGCAGAAAGUGGAGGAUGCACUCCAGAAUGGUUCUGAUAUGACAAAUCAUGGAAUGGUUUUGGAAGAUGAUCCUGAGUACCAGCUGAUUGUGGACUGUAAUGCUUUGUCGGUUGACAUUGAGAAUGAAAUUGUUAUUAUCCACAAUUUUAUACGUGACAAGUACCGGUUGAAAUUUCCAGAGCUUGAAUCACUUGUGCAUCACCCAAUUGAUUAUGCUCGUGUUGUUAAGAAGAUUGCAAAUGAAAUGGAUUUGACCCUUGUUGAUCUGGAAGGUCUUUUACCCUCAGCUAUCAUUAUGGUAGUGUCAGUUACAGCAUCAACUACAAGUGGCAAGCCACUUCCCGAGGAAAUUCUUAGUAAGACCAUUGAUGCAUGUGAUCGAGCUCUUGCUCUUGAUGCAGCAAAGAAAAAGGUCCUUGACUUUGUAGAAAGUAGAAUGGGUUAUAUUGCCCCAAAUCUUUCUGCUAUUGUUGGUAGUGCUGUUGCAGCGAAACUAAUGGGGACAGCAGGUGGUCUUGUAUCAUUAGCUAAGAUGCCUGCUUGUAAUGUUCAGCUUCUUGGUGCAAAGAAAAAGAACCUUGCUGGGUUUUCAACUGCAACAUCGCAAUUUCGUGUGGGUUAUAUUGAGCAAACAGAGAUAUUCCAAACUACACCUCCUUCUUUGAGGAUGCGUGCUUGUCGGAUCUUGGCUUCAAAGUCAACACUUGCAGCAAGAGUAGAUUCCACCAGAGGAGAUCCAUCAGGGAAAACUGGAAGAGGGUUACGGGAAGAGAUCUGUAAGAAAAUUGAGAAGUGGCAAGAGCCUCCACCUGCGAAGCAACCUAAACCACUGCCAGUGCCUGAUUCUGAGCCUAAAAAGAAGAGAGGUGGUCGUCGGCUAAGGAAGAUGAAGGAAAGAUAUGCGAUUACAGACAUGAGGAAGCUGGCUAACAGGAUGCAAUUUGGUGUUCCCGAAGAGAGUUCUUUAGGUGAUGGACUGGGGGAGGGUUAUGGAAUGCUUGGUCAGGCUGGGAGUGGCAAGCUGCGGGUAUCAGUUGGUCAGAGCAAACUUGCUGCCAAAGCUGCUAAGAGGUUUAAGGAAAAGAAUUAUGGAAGCAGUGGUGCCUCCUCAGGAUUGACUUCAAGUUUAGCAUUUACACCUGUGCAGGGCAUAGAGCUCAGUAACCCGCAGGCUCAUGCCCACCAGCUUGGCAGUGGAAUUCAAAGCACAUACUUCUCUGAGACAGGAACAUUUUCAAAGAUCAAGCGGACCUGAAGCGUUUUAUGCUGCUUUCCUCUCUUCAGUCUGUGUACAUUGAAUGAUGCUAGUUUGAGGAAUAUGAUAAAAGGAAACUCUUGUCAUAAGAUUUUUCCCUUGGCAUCAGGUGGGAAAUCAACCUGAACUACAAGUAACUUCAGUAUUCAACAUUAGCUAGCGUUUAACCCAAAAUGUAAACAUAUUGAGAGAUUUCUUUUCCCAGAAUGAUUGAAAUUACAUGAAAAAGAAUGGUGAAGCACAUCUUUUUUCUU